AUGUCGGAUUCAAAUACAUUUUUAGGAGAUUUACCUGAAUUAUCUUAUGAAAUCAUAAAUUAUUUAAAGAAUGAUUUUUCAACUUUAUACUCAUGCAUUUUAGUUAAUAGAUUAUGGUGUCGUCUAGCGAUUCCAUUAUUAUGGAAAAAUCCAUUUUCGAAUCCUACCCGGAAUUAUAGUUUUAUCGAAAUUUACUUGAAUAAUUUAAAUGAUGAUUUUAAAACGAAAUUAAAUGAAUAUGAAAUUAUUAAUAUUUCAUUAUUUUCAAAGAAUAUAAUGUUUAAUUAUCUAAAGUUUUUAAGAUAUUUGAACAUAGAGAAAUUUAUAUCCUCUGUUGAGCAGUGGUUGGCUGAUGUUGCUUCUAUUAAUACAAAAUCCUUAUAUAAUUCCGAACAAGAUUUUAAAGAUUUUAGGAGUUUGGUUCUUAUGUCACUAUUUAAAAUUUUUAUUGAAAAUGAGGUAAAUUUGGAUACUCUUGAAAUUAAGACCUCAAGUACUAAUUAUAAUAGUGAUAUUCUUGAGUUAAUUUUAAAAAAUCAAAAUUUCAUUCACAAUGUUAAAAAUUUGAAACUUCAUAUCGAUGAUAAUAAUGACUGUAAGAUAAUUUAUAAUCGUAUAACACAAAUAAUUCAUUUACAUCAAAAUCUUAAGAAAAUUUUAAUAGUAGGUGCUAAUAAUUAUACAUCUUUAUAUCUAUCAUUGUUAUUAUCAAAAGAUUAUAAUUGUUCAAAUACCUUAAAUACAAUCAUUUUCUAUUGCGUCAUAUUUAAAUCAAUAAACAAUCUUGAUAAAGUAUUAGAACAAUUAAAUGUUUUAGAAUCCGUUCAUAUUUUUUAUUGUUCUUUCUUGGAUAGUAACUUUACUCAACAAAUUAUUAAUUUAACUAAACCAUUUAAAUUAAAAUCUUUAUUUCAUAUAUAUGAAACACCACAAAUUGAAACAGUACAACAAUUAUUACAAAAAUCUGGUGAUUAUUUAGAAAAUUUCGGUUUUAUCUAUAACGCAUCAUUAAAUCAACAAUUAUUAAAAUAUUGUAAGAAUAUCAAAUUUUUUUAUUUUCUUAUAAAUGAAAGUUCGUUUACUUAUCAAUUAAUCAAUUUAAUUGAAAAUAUUAAACAAAGUCUUAGUUGUCUUUCAAUUAUAUUGAGAAAUAAUCAUUCAACAAAUUGUAGUUCAUUCAUAUUACAAAAUCUUGGACAAAUUCUUCCUUCUAAAUUAGAUUACUUAAGUUUGGACCUUAAUAUUAAAAAAAAUGAUUUUAGAGUAUUCUUAGAAAAUUCUCAAUAUAUUCUUAUUAAUAAAUUAAUAAUAGCACAAAGUGGUAGUGAUGAUAUUUUACAUUACAUAAAGGAACAUAUUAUGAAGGAAAAAAGAGUCAAGUAUUUGGCUAUUAAGAAUUUUAGAACUAGUAAAGAAUUGUUUAAUUUAAAAGAUGAAGUGAAGGAAUUUGAUAUACAUAAUAUUAAGGUUCGAAGUUAUGAUGAUUUAGUUAUUAGCGUUCAUAGCCUUUCAAAUAGUCCAUUUUUGGAAAUUGGACAAUGA